UGGACGUGCUAUAACAAGAACACAAGUAAACUGCCAAACAAACCUUGAAAUUUACAAAAAAUGCCACCCCAACCGCCACCUCCGCCACCGCCAAAACCCCUUAAACCCUACUUCUUCUACGGCCACCGUAAACCCUCACAAAACCGCCCUGUAGUCCGCGGUGGCCUCUUCACAAACCGUCAAACCGUCAAACCACAACCUUCAAAAAACCCCAUCACCCCUUUCAAGCCAUUCGAUCUCCACAAAUGGGACCCACAGCAAAACCUUCCCCACCAGCCACAACCUUCCAAACCUCAAUCUCCACGAUCACGACACUCCCUCGCCCUCUCCCAACGCCUCUCCCCCAUUGCCAGAUUCAUCCUCGACGCAUUCCGCAAGAACCGGAACCAGUGGGGCCCAGAAGUGGUGACAGAGCUCUGCAAACUCCGGAGGGUGACACCGGACCUGGUUGCCGAAGUGCUGAAGGUCGAAAACGACCCCCAGUUAGCGACAAAGUUCUUUCACUGGGCAGGUAAACAGAAAGGGUUUAAGCAUACUUUUGCUAGUUAUAAUGCUUUUGCUUAUAAUUUGAACAGGAGCAAUUUUUUUAGAGCUGCUGAUCAGUUGCCUGAAUUAAUGGAAGCACAAGGGAAGCCACCGACGGAAAAACAGUUUGAAAUUUUGAUUAGAAUGCAUUCGGAUGCGAAUAGGGGACUUAGAGUUUACUAUGUGUAUCAAAAGAUGGUGAAGUUUGGGGUUAAACCGCGUGUUUUUUUGUAUAAUAGGAUAAUGGAUUCAUUGAUUAAGACGGGGCAUUUGGAUUUGGCAUUAUCGGUUUAUGAGGAUUUUAGGAGGGAUGGACUGGUGGAAGAGAGUGUUACUUAUAUGAUUUUGAUAAAAGGGUUGUGUAAGGCAGGGAGGAUAGAGGAAAUGAUGAAGGUUUUAGGGAGAAUGAGGGAGAAUUUGUGCAAACCGGAUGUUUUUGCAUAUACAGCAAUGGUUAGAGCGUUGGCAGGAGAAGGGAAUUUGGAUGCUUGUUUGAGGGUUUGGGAGGAGAUGAAGAGGGAUGGGGUGGAGCCGGAUGUGAUGGCAUAUGUGACUUUGGUUACGGCGUUGUGUAAAGGAGGGAGCGUGGAUAAAGGGUAUGAGGUGUUUAAGGAGAUGAAGGGGAGGAGGAUAUUGAUCGAUAGAGGAAUUUAUGGGAUUUUGGUUGAGGCAUUCGUGGCGGAUGGAAAGAUUGGGUUGGCUUGUGAUUUAUUGAAGGAUUUAGUGGAUUCAGGCUAUAGGGCUGAUCUGCGAAUUUAUAAUUCACUUAUUGAAGGUUUUUGUAAUGUUAAGAGGGUUGAUAAGGCUCAUAAGCUUUUUCAGGUUACAGUUCAGGAGGGUCUCGAACAGGAUUUUAAGACUGUGAAUCCUUUGCUGAUGUCGUAUGCGGAGAUGAAAAAGAUGGAUGAUUUUUGCAAGCUUCUUAAGCAAAUGGAGAAGUUGGGAUUUUCUGUCUCUGAUGAUCUCUCCAAAUUCUUCUCGUACGUGGUUGGGAAGCCAGAAAGAACUAUGAUGGCCUUGGAAGUGUUUGAAGACUUGAAAGUAAAAGGUUAUAGUAGUGUGCCUAUCUACAAUAUACUAAUGGAGGCUCUCCUUACGAUUGGAGAGAUGAAAAGGGCAUUAUCACUUUUUGGUGAAAUGAAGGACUUAAAUAAACCCGACUCAACAACUUAUAGCAUUGCAAUUAUAUGUUUUGUAGAAGAUGGAAACAUCCAAGAGGCUUGUGUUAGUCAUAACAAAAUAGUUGAGAUGUUCUGCGUCCCUUCUGUUGCUGCCUAUUGCUCUCUUGCUAAAGGGCUUUGUGAUAAUGGAGAGAUUGAUGCAGCUAUGAUGCUUGUUCGUGACUGCUUAGCCAGUGUUGAAAGUGGGCCCAUGGAGUUCAAGUACAGUCUCACGAUUCUUCAUGCAUGUAAAACAGGUGGUGCUGAAAAGGUGAUUGAUGUGCUAAAUGAGAUGAUGCAGGAGGGUUGUACUCCCAAUGAAGUUAUAUAUUCUGCUAUCAUCUCUGGUAUGUGCAAGCAUGGGACAAUUGAAGAGGCAAGAAAGGUGUUUACAGAUUUGAGACAGCGUAAAAUUUUGACUGAAGCAAAGACAAUUGUGUUUGAUGAAAUAUUAAUUGAACACAUGAAGAAGAAGACAGCUGACUUGGUAUUGGCAGGGCUAAAGUUCUUUGGUCUAGAGUCAAAGUUGAAAGCAAUGGGUAGCACGCUUCUGGGAAGCUGAAUAGUUGUUUGCAGUCACACCAGUGGAAUAUGGAUCGUGUGUUGCAGGAUAAGAUUCUGAUGCCCAUUAGUGUGAGCAUCGUGAUGAAUAAGACUCAGCGGACUGGUGAACCUGGAGUCAAGGUCUCACUUGGACAUGCAUGCUCUUACAACACUCAAUUGGUGGGUUCAAAUCUCAAGCAUGCCUUCUAUUCAUCAUCAAGCAGUCAGGCUGUGAAAUGCCUGCAGAUUCGUUCCUUUUUUUUGGCACCAAUUCUCUCGACCAAACAGUUCUUGCUCAUCCCAUUUUGGUUUUAUUACCUCAUGCAUAUAUUGUUAUGUAUAGGAAAAAUGUGCAAUUUUGUAAUUUAAAAGAUUAAUGUCAAAGAACUUCAAGUCCGGGAGCAUUCGAUAGUUGCUAGUCAGUAAUCUAACUGGUUGGUCAAAUGUCUAAUUUAUCAUCUUCUUUA